AUGUCUUUACUACUUGGAUCAAUGGGUCUUGGUCAAGAAAUCGUUCUCAUUGCCUUUGCGGCAGUGGGAUUAUGUUUGUUCGCUGUGUAUGAAUGGAUGCGCAAUAUGAAACCUGCUGGUAUGUCUUCCGACAAGUUCGAGACUUUGUCUAACAAGAUAGUCAAAACGGAUCUUGAAUGGAAGACUCCUCCACCCAAGCCUCUGCUCGACUUUGACCUUGACGAAAAGAAGCCUGAGCUUUACCGACCCUGCCGCCAUGGACCCAACCACGUCACCAUGGGCAUUCGAAAGAUGGACUGGAACAAUUGGAUUGAGAUGGACUCCAACUUUCUGUGGUAUCACGAUCUCAAGGUCUCUGAGCUCGAGAAGGAUAUUGAUGCGCAUGUUCGAUAUGUUGACAACACUGUUACUCGAGACGCCUGCUUCGAGGUUCUAGAGGAACUGACUGCAUACUUGACUGUUCGGUAUCCCAAGAUCUUUCAGCUCAGCAACGGCAUUCUUCGCAAUACUUUGACCAAGGAAGAGUUCAACUACCCAGCCAAUAAUCCCAAGGAAGCGAUGGCCACAGCUGCCAAACUGGUCCAGGACGAUCUUAUCAUCAUGGUUGAAGAAGACGGCAAGUUGCAUCAUUCCUUAUUUUACUCGGCUGACAUUUUAGACGGCCAAUACCACCUUGACGCUGGAGCUGUCUGCCUACCUGGCUUUUGGCGAUUGAGCGAAAAGUUCAGAAUGUCUCUAGACACUCUACACAUUGAAGCCAAGGUUCCUCAUUACCAGUCAAAGCUGCAAAAGUCUAUGAACCGCUUCUUCAAGACGAUGCAGCCAGAUAAAGCAGUGAUCCGUAACAACUUCUUCAUUCAACUCGAUGACGGUCUUCACUGGUCUCACCGAAUGGGCGAUCAAGACAGUAAUGAAGUAGCCUCCUGGGAAACGGCAAAUGACAAGGGUCUCACCAUAAACGACCUCUACUUCCGUUCCGAGAGACAAUCCCUCCGACGACUUCCUCGAUCUAAAGCCCUCCUCUUCACGGUACGCACAUACUUUGAGCCAAUCACUACGAUCGCACAAGAACCCCAUGUCCCAGGGCGCCUGGCUGAAGCAAUUGAGAAUUGGGAUGAGGCAGCUUCAAAGUACAAGGGCAAACAUCACUGGGCGGAUAUUCUGUUGCCGUAUUUGCACGAACAAGACGAGUUGCAGAAGGAAUCAGGGGUUUUGGAGAAAGUUCCAGAGGGAAGCUUCCCGUAUUAG